AUGAAGGUCAUUCGUGGAAUGUGUAAACGUCUUGGAUUAUGUCGUUCACUAGAAACUACAUUGCCAGGAUAUCUGUUUGAUGAUUUGAAUUGGUGUAAUGACACAUUAACAGGCAUGACAAACUAUGGGACUGCAUGUGGAUGUAAUUAUAACAAUGUUGUUCGGGCUUACUGGGAAAGUGCUUCGGCUGAGUAUGCCAGGAGAGCAUCUGGUAACAUUUUUCUGGUACUGAAUGGCUCAGUCAAAGCUCCAUUUAAUGAAAAUAAAACUUUUGGAAAAAUAGAACUACCACUGUUAAGUGGUCCUCGAGUACAACAACUAACUGUGAAAUUAAUUCAUAGUUUGGAAGAUUUCACUUACCAACAAACGUGUGAAUCGUGGAGUCUGCAAGAACUUGCAAACAAACUGAACUCUGCCCAUAUUCCUUUUCGUUGCAUCGAAGAUCCUUUGGAGUUCAGACAUUAUCAAUGCAUUGGAAAUCCUUACAAGCAACGAUGUCAGUUUUCAGCUUCGACGAGAACAGACAAAGAGUGA